GCGACUGGACCUUCAACAAGAAGACCAAGCGCGCCCAGAAGCGGACGUCGGAGGACACGGAGUCUAAGACGAUGUUUGCAGAGUUUAUCAUGCAGCCUAUAUGCAAUCUAUACGAGGCUGCGUACAAGUACCUUGAUACCGAUCUGCUGGGCAAGAUGCAGCGACAGAUUCCCGGCUGGAAAGACCUGGAUCUACAGAAGCUCACAGCUGGCGCCACGGCGACGCGCGAGCUCAGUUCCCGAUGGCUGCCUUUUGCUGACUGCAUCCUUGAGAUGGCAACGAGCCAUCUGCCCAGCCCGGUCGAUGCGGCGCCGCAUCGAUUGCCGGUUCUUUGUCCCAAGUGGUUCGCCCCAAAACCGCUCGCGAACGAAAUUGCCGACGGCCUCCAAAAGUGCGACCCGGAGGCCACCCCCGUGGCCUACCUCGCCAAGUUCCUAUCAGCAGAUCUUGCCCGCCUUGUUCUCACCGACGACACACUGGUUGGUGAUCAGGAUGUGGAUUUUGUCGGCAUCUGCCGCGUCUUUUCCGGCACACUGCGGCCCAACAGCCGCGUGUACAUCGGUCAGGAUAAGCCCGACGAGCAGGAGCGCUGGCUUCAAGUGGUGCGGCUGUUCCAGCUCAUGGGGCGAAAUCUCCUUGAGGUCACGGAAGCUCCAGCGGGGAGCAUCGUGGCUUGUCAUGUCAGCUCCCCUGACGGUGCUGAGCUGGGUGUUGAAAGGUUUCUGACUCUCUCCGGUGCCGAAAAUGGGCCCAACUUUGAGACGCCCUACAGCAGCCAGGCCUUCGCCAUCGUCAGGGUCAACCUGCAGCCGAACCGCGUCGAGGAUUUGAAAGCUCUCGAGCGGGGUCUGCGCCUUCUGCAUCGUGCAGAUCCCUCUGUCAGUAUCGAGGCGAUGGUCACCGGCGAAAACGUGCUGGGAUGCUGCGGGGACGAGCAUUUGAAGCGCUGCACACACGACCUGCAGAAGCUAUAUGCGCGGGACGUCGAGUUUUCCGUCUCCACGCCUCUGGUGGCUGUGCGAGAAUCCAUAGCCAAGUCAGUGUCCAUGGAGAGGUUAGAUCCGAAGGGCUCCGUACUGUGGCUGCCGAUUUGGAUGUCGCACCUCACGGACACCUCCACGGAAGCCGGUAGUGUGAUCUCAGGGCUGCACUCUGAUGGCGGCGAUGAUGCUUCUGAUGCUCCGGUACAGCAUGAGCGCAUCUCUAUGUCCCCGACGGCUGUGAUGACCGUGUGGACGGCCAACCGAAAAGCUUGCAUCAAGAUCAGCGCCGUGGUCCUACCUGACAGUGUGCUCGAGUGGAUGGAUCUCAAGGCGGAGGCUCUGGAAGCGGUCAUACACCGACAGCAGGCAUCCGUCGAGCUGGCAGGAUCCUCCGACGGAUCUCUGCUUGGUUGCCUCAAUGAGGUGGAGACGCAGUUCAGGAUGCUUCAGGAGCAGGUAGAGGACACGAGCUUUCGGAUAUGCAACGGCUGUGACAUCUCCCUCUGCGGGAUGAGUGUGGUGCGGGGGAGUCGGACGCUUCUGAUGGAUGGCUCUGGCGUCGGCUGGAAGCUGCAGGCCACCUCGAUGUUUCCUCUGGUGGUGUUUAGGCCACAAAGCAUCAGCUCCGCAGCCGGUGCGGAGGACUCCACAGGCGUGUACUUCGAUGUCUAA